CAGUGUCUUCCAGCUGUGUUUAUUAGCGUCGUUCCAGGCAGCGUGGUUCCUUUCUCCUGCCAGGCCUCCCCUGAACUCUGUCGUAAGUAGCUGCAGCGGCCCCGACACGGGAACUCCGUCUCCGGCUGUCACCAUGGCCAGGACCGGGUUCUGCGACUCCAAGGCCCCGUUGGACUUACACAAGAAGGCGGAUGAGAGGAGAGCCCCACUAAGAACUUGGGCUAAUGCCUGUGGGCCUGUAGAAGUGGAGGAGUCCAGAACGGCCCCAGUCAAAAUAGAACCAGAGCGCAGAUGGGAAAGGAGGCCAUCAACGCAAACCAGUGAAGUCAUCAUCAUGGGUUUCCAUGAGGAUAGCAGGACAUGCAAGGCUGCAGAUGGCUCUGUGGAGGAUCCAGUGCUCCUCUACCUGCACGACCUGCAGGGGCUUCACAGCCUACACACCCUGGUUCCCAGCUUACUGAGACACGAAGUCGAGAUGGCACUUGAGAAUCUGGACCUUAUUUGGGAUCGAACAUAUGCCUGGGACAUGUUCUUGGACAUGAUGAGAACUCAAAUGCAGUACUCCUUUCCCAAUGCUGAUCUCCCUCGCCAUUUCACUGAUGCUACUCGAGCUAUCCUAGUAGAGUGGAUCAUUCAGGUUCAUGAGCUGCUACAGUUCCAGGAAGAGACUCUCUACCUAGCGAUGCACCUCCUCAACCGCUCCCUGCGACAGCUGAAGGUGUCCGUAGCCAACCUCCAGCUCCUUAGCAUGGUUUGCCUCUUUCUUGCUGCAAAGAAAGAGGAGAGCCUCCUUCCAGAGGUGUCUGGACUCUGCAGCUUGAUGGACCACACCUACACAAAGCAUCAGCUUCUGCGAAUGGAACGCAAAGUUUUGUGUGCGCUCAAGUUUGAUCUGUCCUUCAGUCCCCCGCUGCACUUCCUCCUCCUGUUUGCCUCUGUCGCUCGCUGCAGUGCUGCGGUGGUGUGGAUGGCUCGUUAUCUACUAGAACUCUCUCUGCUGGAGGCCCAGUGUGUGGUGUUUCUGCCUGUGCAGCUGGCUGGCGCAGCCCUCUGUUUGGCCCGCCAAGUUUUGCAGGAAUGUCCGACGCCAGAGGGAGAGGCUGCAUGGUGUCUGGCUUCCAGCAUCCAUGUUGGCAGUGAGCCUACUCUGCUGAGGAUCAUGCAUAUUCUAGCUAGUGCUGCAGCCAAAGCCAGCUCCCAAGAGACCUGUGCUACUUUUAUUAAAUAUUCAUCCCCAAAGACAUUGCAAGUCAGUAGACACCCAGGUCUGAAUAAUGCUGCAGGUCUGCUGAGUGUUUGCAGGUGACAUCUCUGACUUGGACACCGUGAGUUCUCGGCCUAAGCUCAAUCUGAACUAAUCACUUGGGUUUUAUAAGGAGCUGCAGAGUAAGGGUCAGAAGUGUGAGAAAUUUCAUGCUGAAUGUUGACAAAUUGGGUGUUUCCUUGCAUGGGAUUUAGCCGAGAAUGAAGCAAAGUUCGUUUUAUAAUAACUUGCAGCCAAUUUAGAAAAUACUUUAAUUGUACUGAUGUGUUCUUGUCUUUUGCGGAGAGGAUGUGGGUUGUCUGUCAAGUUGUAUGAAAUCUUUUUAAUGUAAAAUAAAGUCUGCUGCAAUGUUU